AAUAAUACUCUGAUAGAAAUAUUGUACUACAAAAAUUCUAGACAGAUUACAGUGUUUGUGGAUUAAUUCAAUCUUUCUAAGGCUGGUAUGUCAUCAUCCAGUAAUAUAUCUCAAUCUGGAUAUUCACCAUCAGAACCAGAAACGCCACAGAGUACACCGCAGUCUCGAAUACAAAGUUUUGAUCAAUCUUUAAGUCAUGGAGAUCACGGACACAGUUUUGAACAAUCAUUAAAAAGUGCUCAUAAAGAACUACAUCAAAAAAGAAUACAAGCUCUACGCAAAGAACUGGACUAUUUGAAAUCCACAGAAUGGAAAUUUGAUUAUGACAAGGGUUUUGUUCAAUAAACAUUAUAUAUUAGCUUAGUAUUCUCAUUUAAUUACUAAAAUGCUUUCAUAUAUUAAAGACUUAUUCAAUUAUCUAAUCAGUAAUAAUGAUGUCAGUGAAACUGAUCAGGAUAAAGAAAAAUUCUUAGCCCAUGAACUAUUAGAAUUAGAUAUUCAAGCUGAAAAAGAAGCAACCGUGUCAACGAAUAUAGAAAGAGACACACCUAGUGAUGCAGUUUGUUUUAAAAAGACAGGCCUAAUAACAUACUGUGAGAAUAAUAUUGUUCUGAUAGAUGGAACAAUUUAUUAUGAUACAUCUGACUGUACUUUAAAAUUCAAUAUAAAUGAUAAAGUCCAGUACUUAGGUUAUAAGGAUAGCAAUGAUAGUAUUGUCAUUGUGAGAAUUUUAGCAAACCUAGGGUUAUCUUGGGGAGAUGUAGAAGAAGCAGAAGAAAAUAAAUUUAAAGUUGUUGAGCAUGUGUUAAUUGGCCAUGUUGCAAGAAGGCAGGAUAGAUUUAUUUAUAUUAGUGAAAGUGAUUUAAAAUUCAACCUCGAUGAUGUUGAAGGAACCUUUAUACCUAUAGAAGGAGAUUGGUUGGAAAUUAUGUGUGCUGUGCAAGAAGACUCUAUAAGACCAUUUAAUAUUUCCAUUGAACAAGUUUUAAAAGUGACUGCUUUUAAUGCUAUUCGAACCAAAAUUAAAACUGGAAUUGUUACUGAAUGGUCAGGCACUUCAGGAAUAUGUGACAAGCAGAUUUAUAUUGACAACAGGACUCUUUUAAGUGGUAUUCAACCAGUUCUCGGAUCUAGGGUUCUAGUAGAAGCAAUAGAAAGUAAUCAAGGUUCAUGCACAUGGAGAGCUAUAAAGUUGAUGGUUGUUAAUAGCAGAUCUACUAAAGGGCCACAGAAUAUAAUACUAAAUGAAGAGCAAAUCAGUCUUGACUUGGAAGAAGAAAAGAGUAUAGAGAUGACACAUCCUGUAAAAUUUGAACAAAUAAGUUUUCAACAAAUGCAUAAAAUAAUUCUAAAUAUUACAAAUAGAAGUAAUCAAUUGUAUGUUAUUAACAAAUGGAUCAUAUUAAGCAAAAAACGAAAUUCUCAAAUACAAGUUAAACCAUUUAUAAAUCAACCAAUAAAGUUGGACCCAGGACAGAAACUUAGUUUCACCGUUACAUGUAUUCCAAAAUUUUUGGGGCAAUCUAAAGAAAGUUUAGUGUUUCUCUUCAAAGGAUUUCAAUUGAAACGAAUUAUUGAGAUAAAUGUCGUUGAAAACAAACAAAAUCUAAGUGAAGAUGUUAGUGACAAUUAUAACCAAAAAAAAGAAUUACAUAAAGUUGAAGAAAUGAAGAAAAUAAGAGACAAUGUUGAACCAUAUAUUGCUGGAAUUAAACCAUGUAAAUUACCAUCAUUUGUUGAUGUCAGGAUUGGAAAUUAUCCUAUCCCAGAUAAAAUAUGGACUGUUCUCUUGGGAGACUCUGAGAAAACAAUUUUCUCCACUGAUUUCAAUAAAUUAUUAGCCAAAAUUGAAAUGAAUUUUCCCUUUUUGUCACAAAAUUUAACAAUAAAUAAUUAUAUAGAUAAAUGGCAUACCCUUUUAUGGAUGGAUGAAGUUCAAGCUAAUUUAAAUAUGAGAAUUUAUGAUAACAGUAAAGCAUUCUUAAUACAUUGUGAUGAAUACCUGGGCAUUGAAAUAACUGGGCUAAGCGAAAGAAGACCAUCAUUGAUUAAAGGAGAUAGGGUUAUUGUAAAUGAUAUUAGGAAUGCUAAUGCACCUCGAUACGAAGGUUAUAUUCAUAACAUAAGAGGGAAUUUAGUUUUGAUUAAAUUUAAUUCACAGUUUCAUGACACUUACGAUGGCGGGGAUGUGUCAAUAGAGUUUUAUUUCAGUCGAACCACAUAUAGAAGAUCACAUCAUGCCAUUAAUUUGGCCUUGUCUAAUCUUGGUCCUGAUAUAUUGUUUCCUACUCGAAUAAAUAUUAAUUCACUCCAAAUACCUGACGAGAAUCUUGGCAAAAUAAAAUGGUUUAAUCCAAAAUUGAACAGCAUUCAAAAAAAUGCUGUUAUAAAUAUACUUAAAGGCGAAUGUCGGCCGAUGCCCUAUGUUAUAUUCGGUCCACCAGGUACAGGAAAAACUGUAACUGUUAUAGAAACUAUUCUACAAAUAUUGACUAUGGUUCCAGAAAGUAGAAUUUUGGUUGCCACGCCAUCGAACAGUGCAUCAAAUUUAAUAACAGAAAGAUUAAUACAGUAUAAAGGUUCGUUUACCGGUUCCAUUGCUAGAAUGAUCGCGAAUUAUUUAGUCGAUUCUGACAGCGUACCCAUUGCAAUCAAACCUUAUUGUACUCAUUUUGAUAUAUCUGCAGAACGUAGGGUGUCAAAAUAUAAAGAUAAUUAUCAGAAUAUUCAAAUAUGUAGACAUCGUGUUACUAUCGGCACAUGUUAUUGUCUUGGUAUGUUCUUGCAAUUAAAAUUGCCUAAAGGCCACUUUACUCAUAUAAUUAUAGACGAAGCAGGUCAAGCUACGGAGCCCGAAAUAAUGUUGCCAAUGAAUUUUACCCAUAAAGAAAAUGGACAAAUAAUUCUGGCAGGUGAUCCAAUGCAAUUAGGCCCUAUUAUUCUAUCGAAAUACUGCAAAGAAAAUGGGAUGGACGAAUCUUUCUUAUGUAGGCUACUCGAUAGAUUUCCUUACCUGAAGGAUUAUGAUUCAUUCCCAAAUGGCUUUGAUGACCGACUUGUAACAAUGCUGAAUGAGAACUACAGAUCAUUAAAGGAAAUCAUAAAAUUGCCCAGUGAUAUGUUUUACGACGGAAAGCUUGCAGCAAGAAUAGAUGAAAGCAUGCCAUGGACACUAAAAUUUAUUCAAGCGACCUGUGAAAUUUUCGAAUCAAAUAGUAGCACAGGUGGAAUAUUCGUGUAUGGUAUUAAGGGUGACAAUGUAAGAGCAGUAGACAGCCCAUCUUGGUAUAAUCCUCAAGAGGCAGCAAUGGCAGCACUAACUACAUGUAAACUAUAUAAAAGACACAUAACGGCUGAUGAAAUUGGUAUUAUAACACCAUAUUUAGCACAGGUGAAAUAUUUGCGGGUCCUUUUCAACUCUAUGGGCCUACCUAUACCUAAAAUAGGUACGGUUGAAGACUUUCAAGGGCAGGAGCGACCAAUUAUUCUUAUAUCAACCGUGAGAUCUUCUGAAUCACUUCUAGAGGAAGAUUCAAAACAAGCAUUAGGAUUCGUGGGAAAUCCAAAACGAUUUAACGUUGCAUUAACAAGAGCUCAAAUAUCAACACUCAUUUUUUGCAACCCACAUCUAUUGUCCACGGAUCCUUCGUGGAAGAAAGUCAUAGAAAAUGCAGUUUCUACAGAGAAAUACAUGGGCUGUGAUCUGCCCUUUGAGUUUGAUAAUACUGUGAAUAAUACAUAUUAAUUUUUUCUUGAAAA